GAAAAAUGGAAAAUCUAGCUGAGGAUGUUACAAAUGAUGCCUAUGAAAGAGUACCUGUCGAAGAUUUUGGUAAGAAUAUCAUCAAAGGACUUGGAUGGAAAGAAGGAGAAGCAAUUGGUAAGAAUAGCAAUGGACUAGCGAAGCCAAUCCAGUAUUUAUCCAGACAGAAAGGGCUAGGACUUGGAGCAACUCCUCUCAAUAAAGCUCAGAUCAAAGGGAUGAAGAACCUUGGUAAAGAUAUGUCUGGAAAAAGAGCCGCUGACGCUGCGUAUACCGGAGGACAGCACUCAAAGAACUUUAUCACUACUGAUGAGAAAAUGAAAGUUGAAGAAGUUCUAAAAGUUGGAUCAAAAGUAUAUAUCUAUAAAGGCCAGCACAAAGGAUUGCUCGGAAUCGUCACUAAAAUGUACACACCUCAAGAAUCAGGGAUAGUAAAUGGCAAAGAGGAGGAUCGUACCGAACUCACUGUUGAGCUAGACAUUAGCCAUACCGAAGUUGUCGUUAAAAUGAACAAAGUUGUUCUGGAAAGCAAAAGAAAAGAAUUGCAAGAGCGAGGCAUAAUUGCUAAAGAAGAAACCAAGGAUUCAGAAAUGGACUCAGAAGUAUCAGACAAAUCUUCUAGUAGGUCAAGUAGUGUUGAAAGUAACAAAAAGAAAAGCAAGAAGAAAUCAAAGAAGAGUAAGAAGAGUAAGCAUAAAUCAAAGAAAAAGAAGCGGAAGAGAUCUAGUAGUAGUGACGGUAGUCGCACUAAGAGGCGGCAUAAGAAAGACAACAGAAAAAGGAUUAAAUGGGUCAUGCCAGGAAUUAUUGUAAGAGUGGUCUCUCAAAAAUACAUGGGUGGGAAACUUUACAAUACUAAAGUAGCUGUUCAACAAGUCAAUGGUCCUGAUGAUAUUGUAGUCUUAAAAGAUAACAAAGAAAUUUUUGAAGGCCUCUCUGAGCGAUAUCUCGAAACUAUUAUGCCCAAGCUUCAAGAGGAUGUCAGAGUAGUCAAAGGAGAUUAUAGAGGAAACACAGGAAAGCUAUUAGAGAGAGAUAAAAAGAAGAAUAAAGUGAGACUUAUGCUAAAUAACACUACUUUCGAUAUUGUUGAAAUGACUCAAGAUGACUGAUGCAAAUUAUCUUAAUUUUUAAUCACAGGCCAAAAUUUUGGUUGAAAAAAAUAAUGCUU